GAGGAGGAGGGGGGAGGACCGAGCACAGAAAGCAAACAGACGCUGUGGAGCUCUCCUGCCGACCGUGGCCAUGGCUUUGGCAGUCCCCGGUAGACACAGCGCUUCCGUCUCCUCACACCUGAUAGCGGACUGAGAGGGGGGGCUACCGCCGGUAGAGCCGGUGGCUAACGUUACGCCGUUUGAGACCAGCUGGCUUUUAUUUGUUCUGCUUUUUCUUCCCGUGUUUACACGGCUGUUCCUCGGUCACUGGCUCUAUGUUGACGGUACAGGAGGUGGUUUUGUACCACAAGUCGAGCAUUGGAUGAGGACAGCAUCAUCUGCUUCAUAUGUGGACCAAUCAGACGUGGUUCUAUGAAUUCUGGCCCAGAGCAGACGCCCUGGUUCGGACUGGCAUAAGAACUGUACAUCUAUUUCAAUGAAGACCGUCUGCCAUCUGAAGUUUGUGUCAAUGAGGAAGACUGGCCUCCUUCUUCAUCGCACCAGGUGGAGUGCCUGAAGAAACCUACCUGUACAUGUUAGGAGGCAGAGCCGAGCAUCGACUCUUUCAGAUGGACACUGGAAAACCACCAGCGUUCUUUUUCAAACGACAUAAGACAAAAGAAUUUACUCAAGAUUGAUAUACCACAGUUUUACCUCCCUCCGUCCUCUCCUCUUGCUCUAAUCCACUCAGACAAAACCUCCUCUGCUGUCUACCUCCCAGAAAACUAGAAAAGGAAAAGAACAACCUGCUGUCCGUUAUCAGUUCCUCUUUUCCUUCUCUUCGUGCAACAUUUCUCCAUUUACCUCAGGGAUUCUCUCCCACUGCCUACCUCCUCCACCGAAUCAGCCGACCCAGUGACUGGAACACAGAGCAAAAGACACACCUGUGACCUCUUACUGCUGUUACCGUGACAACCUGUAUCGCCUCUCAAGCUCUCUUCACUGCAACCGUGACGACAAGCAAUGACCUUGGACCUCCUACCACCUGCCAGCUCAGACCUGCUCGCUGCCUAAAUUCUACUGAUCCACAACUUGUAGCCCCAGUGGAACUUGGGCUAGUUCUUACGGGAAGGUAAAGGAUCAUAUUGCCACACACUCACAAUAACCUCACCCUUCUGUACAAUACACCAGGCAGUCAACUUUAUACCUCAGCAGACACAACUUCUACAUAUACAGUCAACAGAAGGGAACUUUGCAUCAACAGCAUUCACUAUCCUGGUGCUUCAUUCCACCCAGCAGGUUACACAUGCUCGCUAGACUGGUGCUUCAAACUACCCAGUGGACAACUCACUUCAGCAUCUUCCAUUUGCCUUAGAGGCGGGGGUAUAGCAACAGUAGCCAGGGAGGCCUACGAAGAAGCAAAGAGAGGGAGAGAGAGAGAGAGAGCGAGAGAGAGCGACUCAGGAGUAUUGCCUGGCAGGAAAACUUCACUUCAUUUGCCUCUUAGCGAAGUCACAUCACACUCAACCUUCACGAUCUAUCUAUGCGGUAGCAUAAAUCAGCAAUUGCCCAAGAGGCCUUGGGAGAUCACAGAAGAGACUCAGACGUUUCUCCUGCCUUAAGGCUUCCUCCUCACCUCGUGACGCUUCCAGAGGAGUUAGAGCCACACACGGAGCGGGAGAAGUUCUUGGGGGCCUCACCGGCUUUUCUCACUCUGGAGGCAAGUCCACUGAGAGUAAAGAACUUCCUGGCAGAUUUAACUCCACAGAAGAUUCAUAUUGUGUGACAGCGGAGAGGGAAAAAAGCAUUAAAAGGAAAGAGAAGAAUGCAGCGCUUUCUUUUGCUUCCACUGAUGUCCCGCCCACCGUGCUCCUCCCAGCCAAUCGCCGCCCAGAUUGUCUAUUCUCUGGUCUAUUGAAGGGGCCGUCGGCGAAUGCUGAGCAGGCUGGCGAAGUCGAGGUCCGCCUCAUUGUCCUGUGAUUGGCUGCUGGACGGGACUUAGGCUACAUGGAGCCAAUGUCCAACAAGCAGGAUAGCAACUCAUCGGAGGGAGAUGAGCAAGGGUGGCCCGAUGUGCCGAAGAGAAAGAGCAAGAACAGCCAGUGUUCGGUGAAGAGUAUGUCUGCUCUUAGUGUCUCUGUUCCAGGGUACAUCCCCAGCUACCUGGAGAAGGAUGAGCCGUGUGUGGUGUGUGGGGACAAAGCGACCGGCUACCACUACCGCUGCAUCACCUGCGAGGGUUGCAAGGGUUUCUUCCGCAGGACCAUCCAGAAGAACCUCCACCCGGCUUACUCCUGUAAAUAUGAAGGCUGCUGCAUUAUCGACAAGAUCACCCGCAACCAGUGCCAGUUGUGCCGCUUUAAGAAGUGCAUCUCUGUGGGCAUGGCCAUGGACUUGGUGUUGGACGAGUCAAAGCGCGUGGCCAAGCGGCGUCUGAUCGAGGAGAAUCGACAGAGAAGGAAGAGGGAGGAGAUGGUUCGGACGCUGCAGACAAGGCCAGAGCCGAGCACCGCGGAAUGGGAGCUGAUCAGGAUGGUCAGCGAGGCCCACCGGCACACCAACGCCCAGGGCUCCAGCUGGAAACAGAAGCGCAAGUUCCUGUCAGAUGAUAUCGGCCAGGGUCCGCUGGUGCCCACUUCCGAUGGAGAUAAGGUGGACCUGGAAGCCUUCAGCGAGUUCACCAAGAUCAUGACCCCCGCCAUCACGCGCGUCGUCGACUUUGCCAAGAAAUUGCCCAUGUUCUCAGAGCUGCCUUGUGAAGACCAGAUCAUUUUGCUGAAGGGCUGCUGCAUGGAGAUCAUGUCGCUGCGUGCCGCUGUACGCUAUGAUCCAGAGAGCGAGACGCUGACGCUGAACGGCGAGAUGGCUGUCAAACGCGAGCAGCUGAAGAACGGCGGGUUGGGCGUUGUGUCAGAUGCCAUCUUUGAUUUGGGCAAGAGCCUGGCUCAGUUCAACCUAGAUGACUCGGAGGUGGCUCUGAUGCAGGCCGUGCUGCUCAUGAGCUCAGACCGUUCAGGGCUGACCAGUAUGGAGAAGAUCGAGCAGUGCCAGGAGGCAUACCUGCUGGCAUUCGAGCACUACAUCAACUACCGCAAGCACAACAUUCCCCACUUCUGGCCCAAGCUGCUGAUGAAGGUGACCGACCUGCGCAUGAUCGGAGCUUGCCACGCCAGCCGCUUCCUCCAUAUGAAGGUGGAGUGUCCCAACGAACUCUUUCCCCCGCUCUUCCUGGAGGUCUUUGAGGACCAGGAAGUGUGACUUACAAAACGUUGAGCCCCCUAAAAGAACCCUGGCCACAGAAGGAAAUAAAUGGGUUGGCUUUUGGUAGAAGAGGAAGUGUGUGGGAAGGACAAGAGGAGAAGAAAAACUGGAUUUCUUUUUUUUUUCUUUAGUGGGAACAUGCCCUGUUAACUUUGUUUUUCGUCCCUUUUUUGUCAAACACCCACAAGACCCACCACCUGCCACCAGCAAACACACAUCAACAUCACCAGAGAGAAACACAGUGAAAAAUCCAGCUUUGCUUUUUGUCAUUCUGAGAGGUACACACACACACAGACAGUUGUGAGCCGUUAUAGAUAUUCACAGAUUCCAAACUCACUGCCAUGAACAUACAGUAAAUCUAUAUGCAAAUCUCAGCAAUUAACUCUUCUUGCACCUGUAUGAACAGCUGUACUCUACACUAAUGCAAACUGAGGGGCUUGGUAAUGUCUCUAUUCCCUCCACACCCACCUGUCAACUAAAAAAAAUAUAUUUUUAAUGUCCGGGACCUGACCAGUAGCUCCUCAGACAGUCCCUAUUCCCACCAAUGGCGUCCCCUGUCUGCGGGUGCAGCCCACCCCCUCAGUCCACCGAGGCGCUGUGAGUGUUUGUCGACCUACCUCCCUCACGUACUGACCUCUCUAUCUCUCUGUCUCACAUACUCACAGAGACGCACACACAUUAUGUACGUGCACAGAACACACCCCUACACUCUUACCUCAUACCUUGUAAAAUGUAUUUCCUCAUUUAUUGUGUGGGUGGUGGUCAUUUAUUGAGAAAACAUGGAGCCAUGUAGUCCUCAGUUACCCAUGUUACCUCUUUGCUCGAGUUAAGAGAAGUUACAGUGGGAAAAUUUUGUAUAAAGUCCUUAUCUAUAAUGUAUCAUUUACACACACACCUACAUGGCACAUAGUAGCAACAGUUGCUUUGUGCAUUAUUAUGUCUUAUAACUGCAGUUAUAAGACAAUAUAGGUAUGAUUAUAAUGGAUUAAAAGUUUUAAGAUGUUCUGAACAUCAUGGUUCUCUCUGUGAAUGUACUGAAUGAGGAGUGUGCUUCAAGAAAUGGUGUAUUGAUAUCUACUAGGCCUUAAGGUUUGAGGUGAAUGCUUGUUCAAGUUAAAGCAGUGGUUCAGCAUUUUGCUUUUUUGCCAAGAGUUAGAUGAGAAGAUUGAUACCACUGUCCCACACAUGAAGCUACAGCCAGCUGCCAGUUGGCUUAGUUUAGACUAAAACUAUAAAAGACUGCAUAAUGUCAUCUCAGCUUUGUCCAAAAUAUAAAAACGACAUAUUCCAGUGUUACGUGCUAUAGACUAUUUCUUGGCCCCGUUUUACCUUUGGACAGAGCCAGGCUAGCUGCUUCAAUGAAUAAGUAUAUUUCCCAAAAUAACAAAUAUGUGUGUCCAGAGUAAUAUAUUUCGUCUUUUCAUCAGAUCAAAAUGUUUUUUUAAUACUUUGGUUUAUCACCAAAUACCUUCAAAACUAAUGACAUAUCCACCAGUCUCAGCUGUUAGUGCUAAUUAUCAAAAUCUUAGCAUGCUAAACUAAACAUUAUUUGGUAAACUUAAGCAAGCUAAAGCAGUGAUAAUAAAUAUUUGUACAUUAUCAAUAGUUGACUUCUUGUUUGUACUCUUACUGAUCUUAUAGCAUUGUUUCCGGCCGCAGCAAGCAGCCGUUGUCCUCAAAAACUUUAUAAAAACCCACAUUAUGCUAGCUCUAACAUCAGAACGAGAGAGUUAGUAGUCAGCUGUGGACAUACAGUCGGGGAGCACGUAGCAGCUAAAGAUACAGAUCUGUCCCUCAGGGGGGCUAAAAAGAAAAUAUUGGACUUAAAUUCAACACAGCUCCAAAUGAAUGCUAAUGCUGCUAAGUAAUCGCUUGAUGUGUAAAUAAGCAACUGUUUGUGUUGUGUUCACAGUUUGUUUCUGCUGCCCCCAAGAGGCCAGAACAAAACAUUGCUUAACACUGCUAUUCUUAGCAUGUUAGCAUCACAACCGCUUCCAUUUUACCAUGGACUGCGUGUAGCUUUGUGGUCCGGAUAAUCGCAGUAUAUCUGUCUACCCUGACAGCGAGAGGCCUUACUGCCUGCUCUAACCCCAUUCCUCAUUCAGUAUGUUCACAGAAAGCACUCUUUUAUUCCUUUAUAUGCAAAAUGGGCAGAAAGAAAAAAAGAUUAUAUUGUUGUGAUACAUUAUGAGCAUUUUGAAAAUAGUGUAUCUAUAGGCUACAUAGGAAGUGUUUUCAACACUUCUUUCAUUAAAAGAAACAUUUCAAAAUCACAAUACAUGUAGGUGCAAUAUAUGAAUACCUCUCCGACACAUACCUCCUGUUUUCAUUACCUCACACACACACAUAUUACACACACACCCAUUCAGUUGAUGUAUUACCUCAGUUGUUUUGUUGCUCAUCUCUUCUACCGGGCUGCACCACUCUUCCUGUCUCCUUAUGUGUGUGUGUGUCUUCUCAUUGGAGCCCCGUUGUGUUAUUCGCAUCGUAGCCCCGCCUCCUCACCUCCCCGCUGUCUUGUGAUAGGUUCAGUGCUGGCAGACGGUGGUGGUGGUAGGAAGAGAUUUUGUCACUUACCUCUGCAGGCCUCCCCUGUCACCUGUACCUGUUUCAAGUCCAGCCUGAAACCCACAGAUUCUACCUCACCUCUCGUCUGAGUGCAGCUGCCCCUCUGUCUGCAACACACUGACAUGCAUGCACAUACAUACUCAAACGUACACAGAGUGCACAAAUGAGUCGCCAGCAUGGACCCGUUGAGUGUGCUGCUGCACUCACAGCAGGUCUUUUAAACGGGCCAUGGAUUAACAUUUUACAGCUGACAUGGCAGACUUUCUAAUUUUCGCCCCUUUUUUCAUUUUCAUCACACACCACGUGGGACCAACAGUCACUUUGGAUUCUCUUUUUAUUUGGAAACCUGAAGUGACAGCGAGGGCAGGGGUGAGUUUAUUGCAGUGUGCCGAUUGAACUUAAAGGAAACUGUCAGAGGACAACGACAGCUGGAAGCUGGGACUCCAGUGGAAGCCAUUUUGGCCCGAUUGGGCCAGGCCAACGGACUGCUGUGGGUGGUGACUGGGAGGUAAAUGAGCAGCAAGUGAGUCAGCAAUAUUCACCUGUGGAUAUGGUUUCAUCCUGGCCGGGGAGGGAAAUUGAGUGACUGUGGUGGGUAGCGAUGUGAUAGCAGACCGCCACACAAAAAUAGGCCCUUGUUCUCGCACCUACACUACACCUGCAGAUCCUUCCCUCGCCAUCGCAGGAGAAAUGGACACUAAGCCAUUUGAAAGACUUUCUGAGCGACUGUCCUAUCCCAGAAACUCACAAUACGAGUUACACACUGCUGAAAUAAGCUCCACCAACCAUAUCCCAAAUUGCCAUCCACUACAAAUGACUAUCAGGUUUUUUUCUGUUGCACUAGAACCACAAUGUCUGUAUCCCUUAGUAGCCCCGAACCCUUUCCCUUUAACCCACCCCCGACCCACCCACCCACAUCUUUCCCUUUCCUGCCUGUCUUAAGCAGUCUUAACAAUAUUCUCUAAAAUAUGUCACACACUUGUUGAAACGCACACAGUCCGUUAUCUAGUCUCUUGAUUACCUGUUGGACCCAACGAGGACUGUGACAUGGCCUUCAGGCGCCGCCACUCUCAGUGUUACUAAUCUAUGUUGCAGGGUAUUAAAAUAGAACCGUAAGCGCUAAUUAUACAGGGAUAUACACGCACAGCAGCAGCAGCAACACACACACAGCAAUAGGAUGAUCAAGCAGUACCGUUUCACACCCGCCACCUCCGGGCCUUGAGUGUUUGGACUGUACUUUGCUCACUAUCACUGUGAAUGAAAGCCAUGCUGCAACCGGGCCAUGGCUCAGACAGGGAACCUGCUGGCUCAGUAAGACAUGCUAAUGUGCCUCACAGAGGCCGGAAAUACACAUAUACAUUAUACAGUAUACAGAAGCAUAUAUUUAUAGAUAUAUAGAUGUGUAUAUAUAAAUGUUAGAGUUAUUGUAUGUGGCAUUCGAUCUCUCAGUGGCUGAAUUUAUGCUGCCAGCUCAAAUCAGAUCAUGAAUCUGUCCGAGCUGUCAUGUAGCAGAGGGUGUCAGAAUAAGUUUACCCAGCUGUAUUAAUAUCUGUAAAGUAAAGUAAUAUAUAUGCAUUGUUUGCAGUUGACGUCAUAUUGCAUUAUGAUGCUUGUUUGCCUUGUGUUGAUCACCAAUUAACCUACAUAGUUUGCAUACCUCUACACUACAUCACUUCAUAUACCACAGAAAGUACCUUAAGCAUAAAUGCAUCUGCUUUCUCCCUAUUUUAAACAUGAGAUCAGGUCUGGUCCAUAUAGCUCGAUAAUUUUAGGUUUAGAUUUGAACUGGCAGCACAGCCGCUCUCUCUCUCUCUCUCUCUCUCUCUCUCUCUCUCUCUCUUCUCUCUCUCUUUCUUCCAGCCAAAUGAUCACUGGAGAAAUCCUCCCCCCCUCCCCCCCUGCCCGUCCUCUUAAAAACCACACCAGCACCACAGAGCACACUGCCUUCAGCCAUGAUCAGUUGCACCAGCAUAGCAGAGAGACAGGCCAACAGUCACUGACCAUCCUCCUCACCAAAAAGCCAUUCUACCUGGACUUCACUGCUAGCUACGAUCAUGUUCACACAGCGGGCAAAUCCAGUUCAAAUCUGUGUCAUUUUUAAUCGACCAGACUGAAUCUGGGUCCAGGCAAUAUAUUAAUUUGCUGUCUAUAUGACCAUGGUCGUCAUAGUGAUCAGGCAACCAGGCACACAGUGUCGAGGAACACGUUUUCCGCAUGACCAACCACUCAAGAUGCUGCAACAAACCCGAUGACACGCAGUGCUUAUUCUAACUUUUAUGGCUUCAUGACCUCCUCGCCGUGUAGUCAUGAGAGGAGGCAUUGAGCCUGAGAAAGUUUCCUUUUUCUUUUCCUUCAAGAUGUAUCUUAAUGCAAAAUAGAAAAAUGGAUUUGAUCCGCGUGUUUGAACAUGACCAGGGUGGUGGUACAUGAGGCAGUUUUUGCAGGCGAAGCCCAAUGGAAAAUGCCUCCCAUUAUAAAGAGCCACACGGUCAAACACGUGCGUCCUUGUUUCAGUAGAGCACUAAAAGCAGCAAUGCUAAGGCCCAUGAGAGUUGCCUCUCUCUCUCUCUGUACACCCUGUGUUACUUUCUGCACUUCCUACCCGAGCUGCAAAAUCAGUUUUCCGCACAGUGACCACAGAAUUGUGUUUUCUUCCUCUCUGUGUCCCUUAGGGUGAAGUUAGGGUUAAGUUUUAUGUUUGUUUACAAUAAACUAAAAUGUGAAGCUCUGUCGCUGCAGCAUGGCACAAAACUAUAACAACCACUCUAAAGCAGGUGAACCUUCCACAAAUAAACUACUUUUAUUACUUACCCAGGGAAAACAUUUACGUCAAUAACACCUUUUCUCUUUUCCUAACAUCUAUCUUUUCCCGUCCUUCCAUCUCUUUUCCCCCACGUUCCCAUUCUAGUUCCUGUUUUAUCAAUCUUUUCCCAAAUCUACAUCCUCACCCCUGUCCCAUUUCUCUAUUUAACUCCUUCACUCCUCUUUCCUUCACCCCAACACACAUCCCCCACGCGCGCGCACACACACACACACACACAGAGACUUGCAGAAAGCUACCCCGACUCAUACAAACACUUGGUCGAGAAAGACGACAAUCCCCGCAGGAAUAUGUCCACAUGUGGAAUGUAAAAUACUGAAAUUGUACGAUUAAAGACACGGUGUGAAGUCCCACAAUCAUGUUGUUUUGAUGUUGUUGAUGUUGCUUUUGUUGUGCACCAAGUGUUCGUUGUUAUGCUUAUUCUGGAGCGGAUGAGUUUGCAGGUGGGCUUAAAACCUUGAUCGCGUGACAGACUGCUACUGAUCCUUUUUUAAAAAAUAUUGUAUGUUUCUAAAAGUGGUGUAAGGACUGGAAACCUUGAGCGAUGUAAAGAAAGAGAUGAAGUGACUUUAUUUUGGAUAGAGAUAAAAAAGCUCUUUUUUUAAUGAUUAUUCUUCUAAGUCGCUAUUACUUUGCAUCCGAUUUUCUUGGUAAGUGAAUGUCUGUCUAUCUGUGUUGAUGCUUUACUGUGAAAAAUGGCUGUAUAUGCAGUGGUAGCUAGUGCUAACGUCACCCGAGGGUCAUGGUUCAAAUCACCUUCAGUUUAGCUGGUUGAAAAAAAAGUCUUUAAAGCUCUUUUAAACAGCCUGCUAUUCAGUGUCUAAGAGAUGUAAUCCUAUUUAGCAUUAUAACCUUUUAGUUGCCUUAUUCUGGUUUUAAAAUCAGCAAUUAAAUGUGUUACAAUGUAGGCCCAUCGGUCACGUACCAUUAUCUAAUUUGGAGAGUUUUGGCACCAGACCUAGCUCUGCGGUGUGUAUGCUAGCACUUUAAUAUACACUAUGUAACUGUAGGUGACAUGCCUUACUCUCAGAAUAACCUUUUAGUACACCAAAAACACAAAUUUGGCACAGGUUUGGAUUCAUACUUUUCAGAAAUUAUUUAAAACACAUUCUCAGGUUUUAAUACCUGCAAUCGGGGUUUCCCAGCUUUUUUGUCAGGUAGCACCACCACUGCCAGGGAUAGGCUGAGACAGUGGAGACGUACCCGGGUACAUUCUUCCUUAUGAGCCUUUAACUCCUUUUAAUGUUUCUUUAAGACACAGGAGUUUUUCUAAAUGCAGCUUCUGUCAGCCAUUAGAGGAGCCACAGCUAACAGCUAACUAGUGGGAUAGAUUGACAACUUAUGUAUAUGUAAAUAACAUAACCAGAACAAAUUACACUGACUAUCACGUGGAGUUUAAUGUCACUUCAGGCUCAAGGUUUUAGGAAUAUAAUGAGCUGCAAAUGAAGAUCAUAUCUUCUCCCAAAUUUGAGUAAGUAGCAUUUCUAUAACCAUUGUUUUGUUUUGCAGUUUGUUGCCUCCACAGGACUACAGUGUCCCAUGUUCACAUUCUUAGGCUAAUGCCAGUCACCUAUAUGACAAAACAACAUAUUGUCUCCUAAACCCUUAGCAUGCACAUUGCUUAGCUCUAACAGCUGUCUGAUGACUAGCCCCACUCUCACAUUGGGUAAGGUGGAUCAAUGGGCCAAAGCCUCACAAAAGGAAAUGUAUUUACUUCAAAGAAACUCCAGCUAACGUCACAGAACAACACAUUUGAAGCACAGAUUGACUUGUACUACAUGGUUUUUUAGAGGCUGUACGAACAUUAUUGGUGUGCAGAAGGUCACCUCACACAGCAACAGUACAUUAAGUGCAUUGCCACUAAAUACAAUUAACACCUAUGUUUUCCUGAGGGACUGCAAUGUAAUUGGAGUGGGUGGAGGGGCGUGAACCUUAUGUUUCACUAUUUUAGAGUAAGAACGUCCACAGUAACAUUGAUACUUUAUCUGGACACUCCCCUCAGAAUGAAACAGCACUACUCUCCCCACAAUAUCUCCAAAUAAUGACAAAGUAUAGGUACAACUUAACUUAUGAUUAAUAACUAAGCAUAUCAAACAAACCUUAUUACCCUCAAGAUACAAAUCUGGGAAGAUGAAACAUUGAAAGAACCCUUCCUUGCUCAUCCAAAAAAAGUAAGACUACUCUCCGUUCAGCAAUAAGAAAAAUUACAUAACCCUCGCCAUCCCUAGUCAUUUUCAUACAGUCCCUUAAGGCUCAUUAUGGAUGCAUACAGUAUUGUUUUCUGCUUCCAGUACGAUUAAUAGGUGCUAUAGGUUACUAUUUUGGUGAAGAUGAUUCAUAAGUUCAAACUGCAGUUACGCCAAAUCCAUUAUCCAAUUAGUUUAGCUGAAAGUGAAUGAACCUGAAUCCUGCCUUCCACAGUUGCUUGGGCUGCAUCACUUGCUAAGCUGGGUCAACAGAACAACACCCACGUCCUGAUCUUAGCCUUUAGAUUGCUCAAAGUGUAUCUGACCUUAGACCAGAGCUCGUCUUGCAAUGUAUAAAUCUGCCGUGUAUUAAUCUCAAUGUUGUGAUGAGAAUAUAGAUGGGAAAAAAGCCUCACCAUACAAAAAGGAAAGAGUAAAGAAACAAAAAAUCACAAAAUAGAUACCAAAAAAAGAGAUUCGUACAACUUUUCAUACCUCAUUGUACUGCUUUGUGCCAGAGUGACGGAGGGGGAGUGAUCAGUCUGAAGCGUCCCUAAAAAUAAAGACAGACUGAAAAAAAACUCAAAAUGUGUUAUAGAGGGUGGAUGAAUUUGGUAAAACUGCUUACAGAAUCUUCUCUGGUUGUAAGAUACAUCAUUGUGACAAUGUAGGAAAAAAAUGUUUGAAAAUACAUGCACUUACUUUGUUAUGUCCAUAAGGAGCUGACAGCAAGAAAUAUGAAGCCAUGCUGUGAGUAUUUAUCAUCAGCUGGCAGAUAUUUAUUCCUUCUGUUCGUGUUCUGCCCUGAUAAACCAAGAGAGGACUCAUGUUUCAUCAGGACAAGAGUCGGAGUGCAUUGAGUAGUUUGGCCAAAUGAAAUACUUAAAUGCAAAUUAAGUUUUUUAAAAUAGUCGGCAGGGGCAAAGAAAUAAAAAAUGGUGCUCCUGCCGCCCCCCAAAAAUUAUUUUAAGAGUAAUGUAUCCUCUUCAAGCUUUCAAAUCUCCUUAAGUGCAAAUAUGCAAUUACACUUCUUUGUGUCCAGUGUACUUUAAAGCUGCAGAAGGUAGUUUGGCAUGUUUGCUGAAACUUUCAUUAUAUCCUAACAGUAGUACAUGAGACAGAUAAUCUGUGAAAAAAAUCUGGUUCCUCUGGGCCUGAAUGAAAACAACCAAUCAGAGCCGAGAAAGAUAGAAAAACUCUUUGGGUUGGAGCCUUGAAGAGAGUUGAUUGUUGAGUCUCACUCCUAGCAUUGAUAUUUGACGACCUGGGAAAGAGGCUCAACAAUCAACUGUCUUUCUCGGGUCUCAUUGAUUGCUUAAUUCAGACCCAGAGGAACCAGAUCUCAUGUACUACUGUCAGGAUAUAGUGAAAGUUUCAGAAAAAUAACAUUUUUUUUAAUAAAGGUUUCCUACUGCAGCUUUAACACGGGCCAGUAAAUUGUGCCUUGAACACCAAAGGUUUAGGACCCCAAGUCCCAGACUGCUAUCCCUGUGAUGACAAUGUCCUCUCUUGUUUUUGUUGGUUGCUCCCUGCAGCUCCCCUUCACAGUGACUUUACGGCUGUAGCCCACAACCCGGCCCUAAUUAGCGUAUCUGAGAGACAUCAUGUGAGGCCCUGCACACGCAGUAGGCUAUUUCCUGUUUGCAAGGCAGCCAUAAUUUUUUCUGGCACAGCACAGUGUUGAAUGUAAAGCUGAAUGAGGCGCGGGGGUCAAAGUGCCCCAGAUGAGAGUUUGAUGGUGUAUUUUAUAAUGUUGGAUGUGGGUUUGUAAUGGGCACGGUUGUUCUUUGUCUUGUUUUCUGUGACAAAUCAUUCAUGGCACAAUCAGAGAAUGGCAUCUCAGUGGCUCAAAGCUGUUUGUGUUUGUGGCUAUUUGACAUUCAUUUACAACAUUAAAAAUGAUUUGAUAUCA